CUCGUUUCCAAAGCAACCAGAUUGUUUCAGGAACUGCAACACUUACAGCUUUGCAUUCAUUUUGCUGCUUUACAAACUGUCUGAAAAGGGAACUUUACUGUUUUAAACAUGACCUCAAAGAUUAGAAAAAGGAUUCCACUUGAUUCAUCACUAAUAUUAGAAGCCAAUUCACCAGCUAAUCAGUACCUGGUGCAGUUAUUAGAUGAUAAGAAGGAAUUAUCCUUUCAGAAGCCUACUGAAGCUCGAAUGAGAUUGCUGUUUCAGGUGUUGGAGGACCUUGUGCCACAGCUAGGUGUGUUCUCAAGAGUUGUGGCGCUCAUUCGGGAUGAACUCUUUGAUGGAAUUUACAGCUUGCAGCUCACCAAAGAUCCUGAGCUCGAAUCAGAAACAGCUGAGACAGUCACCCGAUUGCCUUACUUCAGUUUAUUCAGAAGACAGCAAGACGAACAGAAUCAAAAGGCAGAUGACCUGCAUCUAGAACUGAAUCAAAACAAAGAGAUCUUGUUCGAGAAAGAAAAAUAUCUGGGUAAGAUGCUGCAAAAACUGGAAGACCUGGAGAAAGAGACUGAAACAUUGAAACACAAAAUUGCAUCAUUUGAGGAAGAACUGGAAAAGAAAAAUGAAGAGCUUUUAAGUGUGAAACGUGAGCUUACAAGCCUAACAGAGACCCACGCUAAGCAAGCCAGCCACCAUGAGUGUACAAUCAGUGAACUGAAAUCCACGCUACAGGGAGCUCAAGAUCACAUCUCCAACCUUAACCAAUUUAAGGAGCUCUAUGACGGCCUACAGGAGGCCUUUCAGUUCCCUGUAGCCAAGAAAAACAAAAACAAUCCUGUUUUUCUCCAAAAGCCUGUAUUACAAUCCUGUAUUUCUCCAAAAGCGCCUACCAACAGAAAGGCUGUUAUGGCAACCAAAAAGGCUCAUCUGCAUUGCUAUUUGAAAACAACAAGAAACCAGGAACAUCAGCUUUUAAAAGUUCAAAACUCUGUCAUUGCAGAUUUUGAAGCAUGCAUUGAAAAUCAUAAGAAGUGGCUGAUCUCGGAGAAGUGUAGACAUUCCACCCGGAGAGAAGAACAUGAAAUCCUGAUGAAGGAAGGAGAGUUUGCAGAGAAACAGAACAUUUUCCAGCAGUCUAUGGCUGACAUUUCAACAGAGCUGGCCCUUCUGAAGCAGCACAGACAAAGUUUACAAGAGCAAUGUAAUGUGCUGGAGAAAACUCUUCACCAGGAUCAAGAAAAUGAAGAAAAGGCCAGAUCUGCUCAGCAUACCACACAAGCGCUGGGGUCAAGGAUCGCUUCUGGAAGCUGGGGAUUAGAAAGAGGUUUUUCCACCCAGGAUGAUUUCGAGAAUGCCCAGGAUGACUCCAUACGGGACUUUUUCUACAAUGCAUUCUCCCCUGAUGAAAGAGCUCUGAACAAGUAUGCAGCUAUGAUCUACACCUCCUGCAGUGAAGGGAAGAUGUACGAGGAGGCUAAAGGGGCCGCUUUUUGUAACAGCUGUGGAGAAAAGACAUUCAUCUGCCCUCACAAGAUGGCCAAUAAUUGUGUGCUUGAGCUUCCUCCCAACUGCACCCACAUUAAAAUCAGCAGACCCUGGUCUCGCAGCAUCACAAUGGAAGCUAAGCUACAGAGGAAAAACAAUGAGGCUCCCUCUCCAGCUUCUGCUGGUUUAGCUGCAAUGUCAUCCGAGCCUUCUCCCAUCAAACAACAGACACUGCAAACUACAAGUGCAGUCUUGGGAGAGCUAACUAACAAAUCAAACAAUGACAAAGAAGAGCAACCGUUGGCAGUCUUGGGAGAUUGUAAAACACAGCCACCACAGGCAACAAGCAGCUGGCGGGGGGAGGAGGAAACAGCCCUGAUUAAUGAUUUCUCAACAAUACGGGCUUGCUUCAAGAAGCAAUUGAAGUUGAAAAGGAGACUGCCAAGGGUUAUCACAAUGGACAACUGCUUAUCCAUCACCGAGGAGCUUAUUGCUAGUUUGCUUUGGGCAGAUGGGAACAGAGAAAGCCUGGAGCCACCCCACUCUAUCCAGAUGUCUGUACCCUAUAGAAUUCUGUACCCUGAUGAUUCCACGCCGACACAACUGCAUGUUUUCAAAGAUCGCUGGACAUGA